AUGGCUAUCCUCCGCAGCAGCCGGGCUGCUACUUUGCAGGUCCGUGGAUUCGCGACUUCAGCAAGUCUCCGAGUUGGACCAGAGUCUCCCCAUUUCGUCGAUAUUCCCCGCAUCGUUCAGGCUGGCCCUCCAUCGAAACCACGCGUCAGGGGCACUCUGCCAGUCCCUCGCGAACUAUUCCCAGCCCGCCGUGCGGAUAAGCCCAAGAAAGCAUACCUCGAUGCCGUCACGCCAUUGCCCUCAGCAGAGCCCACGGUCAACCCGAAAAGCAGUGACCCCGAAAAGCAGGCAUUCAGACUCAAGAUGGCCGAUGUGCGCCGCAAGAACCUACGGGAGGGCUUGCAGAAAUUAUACAAACGGAAACAAGCCGCCGAGCAGACCAUGUUCAACCGAAGUCUCGAAAACCAAACGCGCCGUGAACGUGUUCUCCAACAGCCAGAGGCAGAAGAUGAGCGUCUGACCCGGUCGUCUAUUGUAUCGGCUAUGCAGCCCCAGUCACACAAGGUUCUGGCGGACCCGAAUCGUGAGGAGCAUUUGGCUCUUUCCCGCGCGCGGCUUGAGGCUAAGCAAGCGGAGAAGGAUGCAAUUCGACGGGAUCACUUGCAGUCUCUCUACAUGAAUGCUCGUACUUUCAUCAUCAAUGAAGAGCAGCUUGCGGCUGAAAUUGAUCGAGUGUUCCCCGAAGGAGAGAAUGAGGCUUGGCGAAACGACCACCAGCAUGGAGAAAACAUCUGGAAUCUGGGCAUGCCGCCAACCGUUCAAUCUAUCGUCAAUGAAACCCGGAAGAGUGAGACCGCUCGCUGGGAUGUCAUUCAGGACCGUGUCAAGAAGUUGGGCGAGCAGAUUACUGGAGGCAAGUUGUGA